UUUUUAAACGCCUCUGCAGAAUCCUCCUGGGGGGGGGUUGUGAGCCCCCACCCCCUUAUCUCGCUCCCUCUCUCCCCCCGGCUCCUCGUGCGCUCGCCCCAGCUCCAAUUGUUGACAAAAGACGCUGCGAGACGGAGGAGGCCAGAGCCGGUGCUGGUGUGGCCGAGGUGAUUGGGACCAAACAGCAGCAGCAGCAGGCCGGUGUGAAGCGGACUCCCCCCUCAGUCACCUCCUUCCUUCUCCUCACCUCUUCUCCAUUAUCCGCUAAAAAGAAAAACAUCCUCCAGACGGGAAAUUCUUAGACAAAUCGGAUGAUAGAGAUGCGAGUGUGAGUGGAAACGCCGGAGGAAGCGGCGGCGGCCUCGUGCGGCUCUGUUUAUCCCGGGAAUGGUGUGAGCUGAGGCGUCCGGGCAGUCUGGAUCUGACCGGGGACUCAUCGUUUCCCCGGAGCCUCCGCGGCUCCAAGCCGCGACCCGAGCCCUCCAAGAUGGGGAAGUGUGACGGCAGAUGCACGCUGUUAGUGAUCUGUUCACUGCAGCUGGUGGCGGCCCUCCAGAGGCAGGUGUUGGACUUUCUGGGCUAUCAGUGGGCUCCCAUUCUGGCCAACUUCCUGCACAUUAUGGCCAUCAUCCUGGGCAUGUUCGGCACUGUGCAGUUUCGCUUCAGAUACCUCAUUUUUUAUGCAGUAUGGCUGGUCCUUUGGGUGGGGUGGAACUCCUUCAUCAUUUGUUUCUACCUGGAAGUGGGAAACCUGUCUCAGGACAGAGACUUUCUCAUGACCUUCAACACAUCCCUCCAUCGCUCCUGGUGGAUGGAGCACGGCCCCGGCUGCCUUGUGACACCAGUGCUGGACGGUCAGAUGGCCCCCGACGACCAUCACGUCAUCACGGUGUCGGGGUGCCUCCUCGACUACCAGUACAUUGAGGUGUUGAGUUCAGCCAUUCAGAUCCUUUUGGCUCUCUUUGGCUUCGUGUACGCCUGCUACGUGAGCAAAGUCUUCCAAGAUGACGAGGACAGCUUUGAUUUCAUUGGUGGGUUUGACUCAUACGGCUACCAGCCACCUCAGAAGUCCUCUCACCUGCAGCUGCAGCCUCUUUACACGGCUGGUUAAGUGUCUGUAGCGCCCCCUUGAGGCCCUAAGCUGAAGUUGUCACUGUGGAUGGAAAGAAAGCAGCAACAGGUCAUCAUGAGUCAUGAUUACACUCACUCUUUUGUGUCACAGUUUUUUACCCCGAGAAGAAGACUUUUUUUGAGCUCAGGAGGAGAGACGUGUUUAAAUGUUUGUGUCUGAAGAACGAGAAGGAAAUCAUCCCUGAAACGACCGUUUGCAGGAGCUCAGGGAAGAACCAGCAUGCUGGGUGGAAGAGGAGAGAAGAUCCCCUAAAAACUGCCAGCUCUAAAUGCUUCCUCCUGA